AUGGAUACCAACGGAUGCGCGGAAUACGCAGUUGCCACUUUCGCUCUCUUUGCUCGAGGAGCAUCGUCUUCUUCGGGGGCUGUGCCGACUGGAAUCCAUGCUAAUAUCUUCGGGCCAAUGGAAGAGGAACCCUUCUCCCGGGACUCUCUGCGAGAGCAUAACAAGGCCAGAUAUCUCAAUAACUGGCAAGCUGAGAGCGACGACGCUCAUGCAGAAGCAGCGAUCCUUUUUUUGGGAAAAUGA